AUGACGAGCACCUUUACUCUAGAGGAUUCAGAACAUAACACGUCUUACCCCGUCUCCGGAGAAAACGCACUUGACCGCCAAGUAGAUCCACCUGCGGUAUCAACCAUAUCCCACUACCACGGGAAGACGAGCCCGGCUAAAGAAUUACACGAAGCUACCUCAAAACUAUACCGUUCUGUCUUUGGAGAUUCCUUGGACUGGAAGCAGGCUGUUGAUACUGUUGUUGAUGAUGGGCAGGUUGAAUCAUCGUCACCUCGACCUGUUGUGCUUCGUAAGGACAAUAAAGAAGAUGCCGUGGAGCUCCAGUCAGUCGCGGUAUUCGUUGAAGCCUUGUGGGAUGAAAAGAAAUCCAAUCAAUAUAUUUUCCGACUGUACAGAGAUCUUCCCUACCCAGGAGUGUCGUACUUGUCAAAAAGGUCACGAGGGGCUCUUUUGCGACGGUUUGCUAACCCUCCUAACCGCCGGUGGGUUGAUGCUCGCCGCUAUCUUGGGUUAAUAGAAGACAUGGUGGCUGCAAAACUCCCUGUGUCGCGGUCAUUGUGGAGUUCUGCUAUCCAUCUGGCAGGCCGUGCAUCUGGCAAAGUGUGCAAGAGGGAUUUAGUGAGAUCAAUCGGUCUCUGGCAGCAAAUGGAGCAUGUAGCUGGAGUCAAGUCAGAUGGCGUCGUGUUUAACAUCCUUUUCGACAUAGCCAUUAAAGCUGGCCAAUUCACAGUCGCAGACCGUCUAAUGGAGGAAAUGGCGAAACGUGAAAUUGCUUUUACUCGCCCUGGAAAGGUUUCCAAAAUGUACUACUACGGCAUGCAACAGGAUGCGGAUGGCAUCCGUCAGACGUUCGAUGCCUUCGUGAGUAGUGGGGAGAUUGUUGACACAGUGGUACUAAACUGCCUGAUAGUAUCCUUUCUUCGGGCUGGGGAAACGAAGACUGCCGAGCAGUUAUAUCAUCGCAUGAUGCAGGCACAGAACACAGUUGAACUUGAUCUCGAGCAGAGGCUACAACAUGGGCCGAGUUUGACCUCAGAGUUCAUCGUUUAUCGCAAAAAGACCAGGAAGCUCAAUCGGCUUUUACAAGUAUCUGCUUCUCUUAAGGACCAACUACCUGAACACCAUCGAGCUUUGCAGGAGGCUUUUCCUAUGAUCCCCGAUACGCGGACAUUCCAUAUUCUUCUUGCUCACCACGCCUAUCGAUCGGGCAACUUGCACGCUUUCAUGUCGGUCAUAAGUGACAUGGAAAAGACCUUUUCAAUUCCACCGCGUGGAAUGAUAUAUUUGUUGCUUUUCGACGGAUUCGCUUACAAUGGCCGAAAGAGAAAGGGCUGGACUGCUGAACGGCUGUGGAACGCAUGGCGAGCGUAUCUUCGCGCUCUCUACGAAUCAAAGAACAGAUUCAAUGAUCGCUUUCAUUUUCGUACAGCAAAGCUCGUCUGGGAAAAUCCGCUAGGAAAUAGCGCUGCAUUAUUGGCAGCACAGACACCUACACUGCCAAGAAAACCAAUGGGCUUAUACACCCCAUUGCCCUCGGGCAGGUCCGAGGCAAAGACCACGUCUGAAGAACACCAGCAGGAGCAGGUAGACGAGAGUAACGAAGCAAGCAAGGAAGAUUUUGAAGAAUUAAGUGCCAAUGAUGGGACAACUGAAUUCGAUGAUGACAUUGAUACCGACGAGCUGUUCAGUUUCCGAGGCCGAGACCAGCAUGCCGAGGACGGUGAGCUUGAAGGGCUGGAGCGCCAGAUUGAGAAUGGAGUAUUUUUAGGCCGCCGGAUGAUUAUCAUCAUCCUUCGAGCAUUCGGUGCCUGCUGCGGACCUAAGGAAGUCAUGGAGGUCUGGCUGCAUAUCGAACGACUUUGGCAACCAAAAAGGCGCAAAGCGCUUGACGUCAUGGCCGUGAAAGAAGAGCUGGAGAAGCAGAUAAACAAAGGCAGUAGGAGACACUGA